CGACUGUCGCGACUGCGGCCGGCGUCUCUCUCCCACGCCCGCCCGCGCCAUGUCGACGAUAACGCAGAACGCGUCCCAGAGCUCGUACCCCCCGAUCCUGCCCCGCGACUUCAACGCGAACCAGCCCCAGACGAUCCGGCUGUACCCGCUCAGCAACUACACGUUCGGCACCAAGGAUGGCCAGCCCGAGGAGGACCCGUCGGUGCUGGCGCGCCUGAAGCGCCUCGAGGAGCACUACGCCGCCCACGGCAUGCGGCGCACCUCGGAGGCCAUCCUGGUGUGCCACGAGCACAACCACCCGCACAUUCUGAUGCUGCAGAUUGCCAAUGCCUUCUUCAAGCUCCCCGGCGACUACCUGCGCGCCGACGACGACGAGAUCGAGGGCUUCAAGGCCCGCCUCAACGAGCGCCUGGCGCCUGUUGGCACGCAGUUCACCGGCGAGGGCGUCAACGACGAGUGGCAGGUCGGCGACACCCUGGCCCAGUGGUGGCGGCCCAACUUUGAGACCUUCAUGUACCCCUUCAUCCCGGCCCACGUCACCCGCCCCAAGGAGUGCAAGAAGCUGUACUUUAUCCAGCUGCCGCGCAGCAAGGUCCUCAGCGUGCCCAAGAACAUGAAGCUCCUCGCCGUGCCCCUCUUUGAGCUCUACGACAACACCGCCCGCUACGGGCCCCAGCUCUCCGCCAUCCCCCACCUGCUGUCGCGCUACAACUUUGAGUUUGUCGACGAGCACGGCAACGUCGCCGCCACCACCCCGGGCCAAGGGCCGCCCGAGGUUGAGCUGAGGACGAGGGUCCUGGCUGGAGGUGAGGAUGUGAAUAUGCAGCACAAUGGCGAUGAGGCGAGUGAUGUGACUGUUUCGUAGGGACUCGUCUAGUGCAUGGUCUGGUCAUGUAUGUAUUAUGAAUGGAUUGAAUGUACAGGUAUGAAUGUGAGU